UUAGUGGAUCUAGAUGGCUAGUUGUAGUGGAGGGUGUUCAGAAGAUGAAAAUAUGGAUACAGGAUGGUCUAUGAUAGAAAAUAGAAGAGGGGGAGGGGGAAAGGAUAAAGGUAAAAAGGGAAUAAAUGCCGGUAAAAGGUCUCUUGAAGAUGAGGAAGAAAGAGUUGAAAUAAAAAAGAAAAUAAUGAUGGAAGACUUUAAAGUUAUUUUAAAGUUUAAGGCUGGACAAGAUAUGAUUGGGAUAAGUCCCAUCAAUCUAUCAAAUGGAUUAAAGAAAGUUAUUGGAGAUGUAGAACUAGCUAAAGUUUUAAGAGAUGGGAGCCUGCUUAUUAUUUGUAAGAAUGCUGAGCAAAAGAAUAAGGCUGUAAAACCACAAAUGGUAUGCAAAAAAGAAGUGUUAGAAAGAAAGGUAGUGGGGGAAGAAAGAGGGGUGAAAGGGGUAAUAUCAGGGAUCCCUGUUGGAGAAAAUUUGGAAGAGCUUAAGAAAGUAAUGAAAGGAGGAGAGAUUAUAGGCAUCAAAAGAUUGCAAGCUUUUAGGAAUGGGGAGAAAAUGGACAGUACAUCUAUUCUAUUAGAUUUCAAAGAUAAAAUUCUGCCUGAUAAGGUGAUGGUUGGUUACAUGAGUUUUAAUGUAAGAGCUUAUAUUCCACCCCCUCUAAGAUGUUAUAAAUGUCAAAGAUAUGGUCAUACUGCGAAUGUUUGUAAAGGUAAACAGAGAUGUGGUAGAUGUGGAGGUGAACACUCUUAUGGUGAGUGUGGAAAUAACCCAGUUAAAUGUUGUAAUUGUGGAGGAAAUCAUACUGCAGCAUAUGCAGGAUGUAUGGUUAGGAAAGAAGCAGCUGAAAUUCAAAAAGUUAAAAUUGAUAAGAGAAUUACAUAUGCUGAAGCAGUGAAAGAGGUGAAAAAUAUUGGAAAUGAUCCAAAAACAAAUUAUGGAAAAAAUUCAUGAUGAACUUAGACAUGGGGAAGGAUCAUCUGAAAAUGAGGCUUCUUUAAUUGUUGCGUAAUUCAAAUUCUACAAUGGAACGCUCGAAGUUUAAUA